AUGGCGUUCCCAAUGUGGCUAUGGCGGCCGAAUCAUCGCCCAAAAACCCCUGUCCACCCGGAUAACUAUCUUUGCUGCGGAUGCUGCGGGUGUACAGUCAAGUGUUGGUUCACCUUUGACGCCCUCAUGGGCACGUUCGUCCUGGCUGUGACGAUUGUGAUGGUGAUCCUUGCGAUCGCCGCCGAGCCCGCUAUCCUUCCGUUUCUCCUCAAAGACCCUUUGAUUUACGCCUGGAUCCUCUGGUGGGUUGUCAUAUUCUUUGCCCUACGUACCAUCUGGACGUUGAAACCCAGUUACAUGCAGGCCUUUAUGAUCGUUUUUUUCGUCGCUGAAAUCAUCAGCCUGGCCGAUACCUGGCUUUUCUGGGAUCAUGACCACAAGCCGGAGACAAAGGUCCGAGACACUCUGGGACUGAUUUGGGGCAGCUUCAUCAAUUAUCAGUAUUAUCGAUAUGUGAGGGAUCGUCAACUGGAAAUCGAGGAAAGGCAGCUGCUUCCCGAACACGCCGUGACGUACCGCGUU